CCCCAUCCCAUCCUAUCCCAUCUCUCCCUCCCUGCCCGGCUGCCCGACCGACCAAGGAAACGGAGACGAAACGAAACCACUCGUCGCGAGACGCGCACCAGGGGCGGCAGGGCAGGGAACAGAUCUCCGGUCUCCACCCCGCUUCCGAUCCGAUCAGCUCCGGGGCCACGAUGGGGGACGGCCGCUGCUGCACGUUCCUGGAGAUCCUCCUCGCCGUCAUCCUCCCGCCGCUCGGCGUCUUCCUCCGAUUCGGCUGCUGCAGCAUGGAGUUCUGCAUCUGCUUGCUGCUCACAAUCCUUGGCUAUGUCCCUGGAAUCAUCUACGCCAUUUAUGUCCUUGUUGCCCUCGACUCUGACCGGCACGAGAGGGAAUACUAUACCCUCGCGUAGCCCGUUUGCUUGUGUCAUGCCUAAGAACUUUACAGUGCACAGUUGAGUCGAGUUGCUAUUUUCAUGUGAAUUAUUAUCUGGUAGUUCAAUAUUGGUGUAACCAAGUGGUCCUGUCUGGAGUCUGGUGGUGAAUCUUUCUUACCCAUCUUGAGGUCUCUCGACGUUAUAUUUCAGUCUGUCAAGUUCUUGAACUGCGCUCCAGUUUAUCCAAUCUGUAAUUGUGAUAUACUGUAAGAAAGAAUAAGAUGGGACUCCUAUUUCUGGAGCAUUUGCGAUUUAUGAUUGGUGCUAUCAUGCAAAUAUACA